AUGAGUUCACAAGACGUACCACAUAGCGACGAAGGUCAACAGUCCAAUCUGCAUGGAAACUUACUUCUACAAGCUAAACAUAAUCAAAAGAAACUAUUACAGGAAUCGUCACAUUUAUCACAACAAUUACAUAGGACCCUCGCAUCCUUGAUACGAAGCAACUCAUCUAAUGGCAAUGGGUGCCCACCUGUAUUAGACAAGAUAACGACGGUUCAUCAAUUGGACCAGGAAAUUGAUAGACAAUUAAAAGAAGAUGUGUCUGUGAACUAUGAAGGACUUUUAAAUGACAAACAAAAGCUCACAAACCUAAUAAAUAAAAGUUACAGGAGAUUGCAAUUCCACUCCCACGAAGAUACUAAGAAACAAACCAGUUCAAUAGAUUUGUUUCAGCGAAGAUCAGAAUUAAUCGACCAAGACUUGAGGAUAUUAGAAAAUACAUUAAAGCUCAUUCAACUGAACAAAGAUCGUACUAAAUGA